AGAAUACUCAUGCAUGAGACCUCCACCUGCGGCCGCGCAGCAUGAUCAAUUUUUCUAUCCAUAAAUGAUCUAUCAUCUUCAAAAUUCAGGUUGUUCCCUUCUGGUUGAGUUCAGGUUUCGGCGAGGGACAGAUUACAAGUCCUGGCUUCUUCAAUUCUGGGUACGAGAUCUGUCUUAGGAUCUUUCGAGUGGCGCUAGCUGAACAUCUGCCAGGUUCGUCUGCUGUGAUGCUGUACUCUCCUCGUGCCAAGUUCGCCUUCCUCCCGCGUGAAAGAGUGCUUGACUUCUUGCACCCGUUGAAUUUAUCUGUUCUGGCCGAUAUUGUCUCCGAUUUUGAGUUUGCGGACGACACAGUGACUGCGUCAGUGUUGCUACAUGCUGUCUCGAACUUCCUCUGCUGGGAGGCGACCGUCGGCAGAGAGAUGGGCGUCAGGCCUAACAAGGAAAAGACUGAGUUUUUAGCAUUGUUUAGUCCACGCCUGACCGCAUGGGUCCGCUACCUAGGGAAUUGGCUUGAUCUUGAGGAGGAUGGGCGCCGCAGAGUCGGGAGAAUGCUUAGUGCACUCACUGAAGUCGACAGAGUAUCUGGUGCGGCCGAGACGUCCACUGACUUUGCGGUGACGCUAACCUCUAGGGUCAGGUCAAGGGGCUCAUUCGCAAUUGGUGGUAGAACUUCGUCUGCUCUACAGAUCAGGCAGCGCCAAACAGUCAUGAACACAGCCGUCUGCCGUCUUUCAGGAAUGCCUCGGUAUGCACUUCGGCGUUACCAUUGUCCAAUAUCACGGCUGAUGCGACUCCGGCGCGUUCCGUCUGAGGCAGAUUUUACUCGUUAUUCUCAGUGUUCUUUCAUAGGUCAUCUCAUUCGCACCGAUACGCGUAGGUUGUCCCGUAGGGCUCUAUUUGGCUUCUGUGUGGCUGGCAGGCCGGAGCUGGACUGGAGGCUCCUGCCGUCCAACGAAAGGAGGCGACCUGGUCAAGUAGGCCCGAGGAUAUGGCAGGAGGUCAAGGACAGUCUAUCUCUAGUGAUGGGCGCGCGCGAUACAUCUCAGAUCAUAGCAGUCGCCUUGAGCAGACGCCACUGGAACACUGUACUAUAUGAGCUUCGAAUCAAGUUGACAAUGGACCACUACGCCACUGACAAGGGGGCUUCUCCUGAGUCGUUGGCCACGGCGAGGCUGUACUGGGUUGAGCAGUACACUAAAAGGGGAGACGCGUUGCCCGAGCUUGAUCCUCAGUGCAGAAGUGGCCUCUCUUGGUUCAACGAAGAUGGCAGCUUCGCUGACCCGGGACUAGACGCCAUCUGGAGACAGAAGGUUUUGACCAACUAUGAGCCGCAAAUGAGGUGCCGCUUCUGCUCGUUUUCGGUUCCCGGGUGGGAUGAGCGAUUUGCGCUGCAAUUGGUUCAGUCUGAGGGGAGGAUAGCGCUCCGACCGUCUGAUGCAGCUGCUGCUGCGGACGCGUCUGCCAAACUGUUAGUUGAGCACGAGGAGUCGUGUCCACGGCGCGAAGUAGCUCUUUUAUAUGACGAGUCCAAGUUUAGGCCUCCUCCAUCCUUCCGCUCUGGUGACAUCUGUGAAGUUGUAAGUAGUCUCCACGCAAGCUCGACGAAGGAGGACAAAGAUCUGCACUCAGUUCUUCGCUUGUUUACUGCUAAUGAAAUCAGGUCUGUCUUCACCCCAGCACAGGCACUGCGGAGAGAAAGCGACGAACAGUGGGCGUCUCAUGUUGGGGAGGAGCCGCUGAAGUGGGAGAAGGAAGUGGCGGAGUUCCCGGACUUCCGAUGUGGCAGCUCCAGUUCAGUAUGUGGGUCUUCUUCUAGUAGCUCGAGUAGUAGAGCAGCCAUUUCUGCUCCGUCGUUACUUCAGGGUGGACGCAUUGAGUGCUUCUGCGCAGAGUGUAGGGCUUGGGUUGUGAAGCAGCAGGCCAGGAGGCGCGCCAAGGGCCGCAGGUUGCGUGGUGGUGGUCUCUCGACGUCGUCCUCUUCUAUUCAGUUCACAACUACCUCCUCCUCGUCAGAUGAACAUAACGGAGUGGUGCCCGCGUGUGGUGGUGAUCGCCUGGUGUCCUCGAGAUUGGUGGAAGACCUUGAGGAUGACCUCCUAGCUGAGUCGCAGCCCUUGAGAACGCCUACUGUUGUUGUCUCUGAGAAGCAGUUUCAAUUCGGAGAUGGUCGCGGCAGGCGUUUUGAAAGUUUUUUAGCUGCUUUCAGGCACAUGAGAAGUCUUAAGUCAGACCGAGCUGCUGCUACUUUUUUACAAGCCAUAACAGUGCCGCCCGCCAAGAAGUCCGGUGAGAAAGUCUCGAGAGUCAAGCCCAGAAGGAAGCUCGCCAUUGACGCUGGAACUAGAAAGCAGAAAGCCCUUGCGCCGAGCUCUGCAGCAGACGGGGCUUUAGGUAGCGGGUCCAGUCUUAGCCGCCUGCCUCCGGGUAUCCAGUGGCACACGUCUUGGAGCGGUGCUGCUAAGAGCGUUUUUGGUGGGUGAUUUCGAGUAUACGCGAAAGUGACGAAAGAAGGCGAGUCGCGCACCAUUUUCGAGAACGUAACUGUAGAGGGAAAUGGAAAUGAUCCGCGUCUAGCUUUACUCGAGGCUCGAGCGGUACUAGAGCGCAUGAAGACCGACCCAGCGCCGUUUUUAGCGUCUCGCGCUGCGUGGAGAGAGAAGCGACGCAUUAACGCCGAGAAGAAGAAGAGAAAAGAAGCUGCUCGCUCCAAGUAGAAGCUGCUAGAGUGUAGCAGCUGAGUGAGUACAGCAAAGAGUCGAGCUCAGUGGUUGACUUGUAUUCUAGAUAAGGGCUGUGAGUAACGAAAAAAAGCGUUUUUGGAAGUGAGAAAGUUAGUGUUGUACUCUGUGAGAAAAGCAAGACUAGUGUUGUCUUUACGGAAGUUCGUCAAUAAAAAAUAAAAGAGCUUUAGCUUUCUUAUUUUUCAACUUUUCUAGUCUUUAUUUGAUAGUAGUCUCUACUAAGUUAGUCGCCCCGCGACUGCUUUGGUCUUACUCGUUAACUCAAGUACUCAAAUACUCACUUGUCCUAAGCAUAAGCAAUAGCGGCCCCGUAGUUGUACUUUCUGUUCUGUAUUUACUUUACUGACUUGUCCUGAAAUCUUAGUGGUGAUAAAGAACUGUCUUCCUUGUUCCUAGUAGUGAUUGCUGUCUCUUCUUCCUUAAGGUUGAACUAAAGUGAUAUUGAGUAAUUACUUCCUUUUAGUUGUCUUCUUAGAGUGUUUACUUCUACUUCCUGAGCUUCCGCCCUACGGGGUGUCUGUUUGAAACAUUAGCUUUCUUUCUAAGUUAGUCUUAGUUCCUCAGUUAUCUGCUUGCUGUGGUGAGUCCUUCAUGCUGUCUCCAGCUUUUUUGUUGAUUGCGAAACGUACUGCGCCCCUAUAGGUGGCCAGAAACAAUUUCUGAAAUCUCCAAAUCCAAAUCCAAGGAUGAAGAUGAAUUGCACAGAGCUUUUUAGCGUUAGCUUGGACGUCAUUCGUUUUUUGCAAAGUAGUGCAUUUUUGAUUGAAAAGUUUUUUUACGUAAAUCGUUCCUUCUGCUCUCCGCUAAAAAGCUUUUUUGUGCAAUCAACGUGUAAUAAAAAAGUCUCAGCAUGGUCUUAAGUUAAUAAAUUCUGGGAGAUAACAAUUCAUUUGUGUCUACAUUGUUAUCUCUUUUUUGUCUUGUUUGGUACCAAUCUAGUGUCUCUGUGGAGGGUCGUGUGGGCUAUUCUACAUGUUGACUGACAGAAGCACCACCAAAGCCAAAGAAGAACAGUGGUAGUGGCGGCAGAUGCCUUCUAUAUUUU